AUGGCUUCCUCCUCAGAACCGCUCACUGUCAACAACAUUCGAAAGAUCUGGAAGACAGAAUUCCUUUCCAACAUCAAGAAAGAAAUCAGAAAUAAACUGAAGACUGAAAUUGAAAAGGUAAACUGCCUGAUAACUAAUCUGUCAAAGCGUUUCGACUCGAUUGAGUCGUCACAGCAAUUGAUCAGCUAUAAAUAUGAUUCCGUUUUAAAGUCAAUGCAGUCAACCAAGAAACAGAUAAACAAUCUUAACAACUGGUGCGAAGCUCAAGACAACAAAAUCAACCAUCUUAAUGGCUCAGUCUACAAUGCCUAA